AUGGAAGAGUCGCAAGGAAAACGUAGAAUUGGGUAUAAUGCAUGGAGUGCGAAAGAAAGCUCUACAUUGUUAGAACUUAUGGUUGAUGCCGCCAAUCGUGGAUGGUGUAAUACCAAUGGGGUUCUAAGUAAACAAGUGGUUGAGAAAAAAAUACUUCCUGCUCUAAAUGAAAAGCUUGGAUGUCAGAAGAACUAUGCUAUGUACCAAAGUCGAUUGAGUUGGUUCAAGCAACAAUAUCACAAAUACUCUGAACUUAUGCGGUAUAGCUCUGGUUUUGGAUGGGACCCAAUCACAAAAAAGUUCACAGCUAGUGAUGAAGUGUGGGAUAAUUACUUCGAGUCCCAUCCAAAACAGAGGCACCUUCGUACCGAUACCUUUCCUGACUAUGAAGACUUAAGAAUAGCAAUUGGCAAUGCUACUGCUACAGGGAGAAACUUAAUUAGUCUGGGCGAUGAAUUAGAUGCAAGAAUAUAUGGUGUUGAAGAAAAUAGGCAUGUUACAAUAGAUGACUAUGUGUUUGAUGAGAGUCAAGAGGCAUACGUACAAACUCAACAAGAUCACUCAACCAAUGCUCCAUCAUCUAAUAGUUAUAUGUCUUUCCCAUGUACUAUGGAAACUAAAAAAGAAUUGCCUGUAGAAAAUAUUGGCAAUAGAAAGCGAACUAGAACUCAACACGAGAAUUCUAGCUCAUUUGAUACCAUGACCCGAGCUGAUGUUCAAGAAAAGAUUUAUCUUGGCAUGGAUUCUAUUACUGGAAUUGCAACUAAUAUUCGGGAAAUGUUUAAGUUGAUGGGGAAAAGGGAAAGAGAUAGAGAGAAAAAGGAAAUGGCGGACAAGAACAAUAUCUGGGAUGCUAUUAAAUAG